AUGGACCGAGCUCGUAUUGACGAAGUCAACUACUUUUGUAAGCCACCUUUUAGAAAUCGAUCACUCGGCUCAAGGUUCGUUGAGUGUAAUUUCUGGGUGGAGUCGACGCCGCUGUCUGCUCCGGCGAGUCCAGCUCCAAGUCCUACACAAAGGAGUUCAUACUUACCUGUGGGACAUAAUUGGUGUCUUGGGCUCCUGAGACAUGAAUUAUAUAGCAGUGAAGCAGCUAAAGUGGACUCAGGUGACGAAAAUGAAAAAACUGAAAAAAUAAACGUGACAUUUGUUGAUAAAGACGGGGAAGAGACACAUAUUAAAGUCCCAAUUGGAAUGUCAAUGCUUGAAGCUGCACACGAGAAUGACAUAGAACUUGAAGGGGCAUGUGAAGGGUCUCUUGCUUGUUCCACUUGCCAUGUUAUUGUGAUGGACAUGGAUCAAUACAACAAAUUACCUGAUCCAACCGAUGAGGAAAAUGACAUGUUAGACCUUGCAUUUGGCCUCACCGAAACGUCUCGACUCGGUUGUCAGGUAAUUGCGAAACCUGAACUUGAGGGACUUCGUUUAGCACUUCCUUCAGCCACACGAAAUUUUGCAGUCGACGGAUAUAAACCAAAGCCUCAUUAA